UCUUGGUCUUGGUCUUGGUCUUGUUUUAGAUUCUGUUGUUUUCGUCGUCACUGAUUUGGUUCAGUUCAACUUUAGUUUUGUUCAAACAGACGAGAGUGAAACCAACACUUUACUUUCACUUUACAAGACUUUGACUCACGUCCUGACACUUACUCUUUAACUUACUCUUACUUCACUACUUUCAUGGACACCACUUUGUACUUCUACUUGAGUCAUAUUAUUUUGAAGUAACGUUACUCUUACUCGAGUACAGUUUUUGGAGACUCUCCCACCUCUGAACUCAUUUAAAGCCACAGUCUGUCACUUUUCAGCCCAAACUCCACUCAAAUCAGAGCAUGUUGUUUCCUUUUGGUUGUGUCGAUCGCAGUGAAAAACAAGCGUUGUUACUUUGAGCUCGCAUCUCCACAGACCUGACUCUUAUCACCCAGAUACCAACUGAUCACAAGUAUCACAAGUGAAACAAGAAACAUGUCCUCCACCAGUGAAAGGAGCUCUGAGGAGACGUUCCUGUGCUCCAUCUGUCUGGAGGUGUUCUCUGAGCCAGUGUCCACUCCAUGUGGACACAACUUCUGCCGACGCUGCAUCUCUCAGGCCUGGGACACUGAUGGACCCUGCACAUGUCCUGUGUGUAAAGAGAUGUUCCACAGCAGACCACAGCUCAAGGUCAACACGCUCCUGAAGGAGCUGGUCUCAGAGUCUAACCUGCAGAAGAACAAGAGCAGAUCUAUGGAGAAGAUGUUUGACUUUAAAGAGGUGCAGUGUGACGUGUGCUCUGAGCCCAAGCUGAAGGCCCUCAAGUCCUGCCUGGUGUGUCUGUGCUCCUUCUGUGAGAGCCACCUCCAGCCUCAUCUCACAGUCUCUGGGCUGAAAAGACACCAGCUGAUGGAGCCUGUGGAAAACCUGGAAGACAGGAUGUGUCCCACACACCAACAACCCCUGAUGCUCUUCUGUUCCACUGAUGAGAAGAUCGUGUGCAUGAUGUGCUCCGUUCUAGAUCACAAGAACCAUGAGUUGUUGUCUCUGGAGGAGGCGUGUGAGCGCAGGAGGUCCUCUCUGCUGCAGACUCAGGCUCAGAGCCAGCACAUGGUGGAGCAGAGGAGGCAGAAGAUCCAGGAGAUCCAGAGCCUCCUGGAGCUGAGUGAGACAGAGGUCCUCAGAGAGAGGGCUGCGGGGCUGCAGGUCUUCACUGCUCUCAUGCAGUCUGUUCAGAGGAGUAUGGACCUCUUCUUAGAGGAGCUCCAGGAGAAGCAGAGCCGGAGCCACAGACGAGCCCAGGAUCUGCUGCAGCGGCUGGAGCAGGAGAUCUGUGAUCUGGAGCAGAGCAGCGCUGAGGCCCAACGUCUCUCACGCUCUCAUGACCCCCUCCACUUUCUACAGCGCUGCCCUGCACUCACGCCCCCUGCUGGGCUUAAGGAGUGGAGCAGCGUGAACUUUGAGCCGGAGACAUGUGAGGGCAGUGUGUCCCGGGCUCUGUCUGAGCUGGAGAACAGUCUCCCUCAGGAGUUUAACAAACACUUUAAGGCCGAACUAUUGAGAGUGAAGCAGAGUGCGGUGGAGGUGACUCUGGACCCAGACACGGCUCAUCCUAAACUCGUUCUGUCUGAAGAUCUCAAACAGGUUCAUCACACUGAUGUGAGGAAGAAUCUCCCAGAUUCUCCUCUGAGGUUUGAUACAUGUGUUAUGGUUUUAGGAAAACAGAGUUUCUCUUCAGGCAGGUUUUACUUUGAGGUUCAGGUCAAAGGGAAAACAGAGUGGGAUUUAGGAGUGGCCCAAGAGUCCAUCAACAGGAAGGGACAGAUCACUUUAUGUCCCAAAGAUGGACUGUGGUGCAUCUGCUUAAGAAACAAAGAUGAGUACAGCGCUUGUACUGACUCUUGGACCCGUCUGUCUCCUCAGAGAGCUCCUCAGAAGGUCGGGGUGUUUGUGGACUAUGGAAAGGGUCUGGUCUCCUUUUAUGAUGCAGAUUCUGCAGAUCUCCUCUACUCCUUCACUGACUGCUGCUUCAGGGAGAAGCUGCUUCCAUUUUUCAGUCCCUGUUUAAAUGAAGGAGGAUCAAACUCUGCUCCUCUGGUUCUCACUGCAGUGGAGACUUUGAGCGGUGACAAAGUACAAAAGUAAAAGUACUGCACUUAAGUAUCAUUUUGAAGUAUGUGUACUUUAUUUGUGUACAUUUGACUGUGGAUACUUUUGACUCUGUAUUUGGAACUGGACUGAAAAGUCCCAAGUUGGUCUCCUUAUAGUUUGGAACCUGAGUUAUUGUAAAGAAAAUCAGAAUUGACAGUGAACUGGUGAUGGGCGUCUGAAUCUCUACAUUGAUGUAAAUAAACACUUUUAUGCAA